AGCGCCAUCUACUAUCUAGUAGCGGGACAAGAACCUAUUGAAGUGCUUAUAAUAGUACAGUUAUUUACAAAAUGAUGGUUCUGAUGAAAAAAAUGUUUUUUAUUUCAAGUAAGUUUCCGGUUUGUUAAAAGUGAACGACGGUCAGAUAACUUAUUUCAGAAAAGUGGUAAAAUUUGAAAUUUUAGCUUCAAAACGAUUAGAGAAGAUGAAGCCUAACAAACGUCUUGAUUCUACAGUUAUUGACCACAAUCUUGAGGUGCCGUCUGGUAGCGAAGAUGAAUUGGAACUGUCCAAUGGGGAUAGCGAUGACGACAUGAACAAAAUUCAGGAUCUGGUGGUGGGAGAAUUUGAAGUGCCUUCUGGAAUACUGCAAAAUGAUCCAAACAGCAUACCCAGUCGUCAGCCUAGUAAUACCAGCUAUUCGUCACAGCCGAGUACUUCUGGUGUCGUAAACUCUCGAUCCAGGCGGACAUCAUCACGAGCUCACCCACUACCCAAUCCAUCUUCAGUUCCACCAGCUCAACCGACCGUGAAUGUGAGACGAAUGAAACGGAGGUAUAUAUGGAAAAAGACGGAGUUUCAACCGCCCGUUACUACAUUUACAGGCGACGACAUACUGGAGGAACCGUACAUGGGUUUUGAGACACCAUUACAAUAUUUUUUGUAUUUUUUCGAUGAUGAUUUGUUGGAACACAUUGCUGAGGAAUCUACCAAAUAUAGCAUUCAGAAGGAUCCCUCAAAACCUCUUUUGGUCUCGAAGACAGAUACCAAAAAGUUUUUAGGUAUCUGUCUCCUGUUAGGACUGGUCCCACAACCAAAUAUUCGUAUGUUUUGGGAUUCAGACUUAGGUUUACCCAUUAUCACUGAGACCAUGACCUUGACUGAUUUCGAGAAAAUACGGAGUGUCAUUCACUUCAAUGACAACCAAAAUUUUAUACCGAGGGAUCAACUUGGACAUGACAGACUUUUCCGAAUUCGACCCAUAUUGGAGGCACUAAAAAAGAAAUGCCAAGCUGUUCCAAAGAGAGAAACCCUUUCGGUCGAUGAGCAAAUGUGCGCCACAAAAGCUUGCAACUUUCUUCGCCAAUACCUUCCCAACAAACCUCAUAAAUGGGGUUACAAGUUGUUGGUACUAUGCGAUGAUAAAGGUUUUGCAUAUAACUUUGAAGUUUAUUCCGGCACUGAAAACGCCGAUCAAUUUAGGCUUCCUGAUGAACCUGAUUUAGGUGCUAGUAGCAAUAUUGUUGUACGUUUGUGUCGUUGUGUUCCCAGGAAUAAGAAUUACAAAGUCUUCUUUGACAAUUAUUAUACUUCACCUGAAUUGAUAUCCUACUUGGCUAAGAUUGGAAUUCAUUCCUUAGGCACCGUCAACAAAGGCCGUUUAGGAAGUAAUUUGCAACUGCCAUCUCAAAAACAGUUAUCGGAUGCCAAUAAGACCCGUGGAUACUCAGAAGAAUGGGUCACUACUGUAGACGGGGUACCAGUGACAACAGUUAUGUGGCUAGAUAGCAAACCUGUGGUUUUAUUAUCUUCUUUCGUCGGUGAGCAGCCUAAAGACAAAGUAAGACGUUUUGAUAAAAAACGUAAACAGUACAUAGAUGUCGAUGCCCCAAACGUAAUUCCACAUUACAACCGACAUAUGGGUGGAGUGGAUUUAUUGGACUCCUUUAUCGGAAAACAUAAAAUAAAAAUGCGUACAAGAAAGUGGUAUAUGCGAAUCUUCUACCACUUAAUUGAUGUGAUGCUAAUAAACAGCUGGCUUUUGUAUAAAAGAGUAGAGUCGCUGAGACAAAACACUAAACUGAUGAAGCUUCGGGAAUUUCGACUGGAGGUAGCUAAAUCACUGUGCUUAUCUGGAGCAUCUAUGACAAGAAAGAGAGGACGACCAUCAUCAUACAUAUCAGAUAUGCUUGACGAAAGAAAGAAAAAGAAGCCAAAAGCCAACAUACCACCUAAAGAUGUUAGGAUCGACGGAAUUGACCAUUUUCCUUGCUGGUCAAAUGAUAGACAGCGGUACUCAGUAUAG